AUGAAAUAUUGGGAGAUUAAGCUAGUGGUGGUGUUGAUAGUAUACUUCUGCAUCACCCAGUUGGGAGAAGGUGGUAAACCACCAAAGUUGUAUAUAGAACCCAGUAGAGAGAACUGCCGAUAUAAUGAAACAGCGUACGUUCAAUACGCUACCAAUAAAGAAUAUUUGAAUUUGGCCAUGAUGAAUUUCAUCAAUUUACGUGAAUCCAAUACCCAAGUGGCCAACUUGGUUGUAUUAUUCAAUAAAGAAUUGAAUAUCGGGAAAUUCAAACCAAAUGCAGAAAAAUAUAAUAUCACCAUGAAUGGAGUUGACCUAUUGCAAAGAACAAAACUGAAUCAACCAGAAUGGGACGACUCAUUUACAAAGUUGUAUAUUUUCAAUCUUACCCAGUACUCGGAGAUUGUUUAUUUUGAUUCGGAUUCACUCUUGAUCAAUGCCACCACGAACAAACACGAAUUGGUAUAUCAUCCCACCAAUCUAGACGAACUCUUUGGACUCCAAGUUGAUAUUGCAAUGCCCCGAGCAUACUGGAUACAACCCUCGUCCCAGGACCUCUACCAGGCCAAAUUAGACAAUCGGGCCAAUUUCUUUGCUUCUCAUGUCAUUUACGCCCGACCAAACCCCAGAAUUUUCAAUGAAAUAAUGCGUUAUGUGAAUAACCCUUGGCUGUGGAGCUGGAACCACCGAAACCGCUUGUUCCGCCCCGAUGACUACGAUAUGGAAAUCAUUAACCGGUACCUCGAUGACCAAUGGAAAUUAAAUGGUCUUAAAAUCGGUUUACUAAACCACUCAGUCUACGGAGUGCUUUCUGGAGAAUUCAAACAGCUGGACCACUCCCGGUACUUCUCCUCCAGUCCGUCCAGUACUCGGUGGAACUCUGGUGAAAUACUACAAAAAAUCAAGCUAAUUCACUUUUCCAAUGCCCCCAUCCCCAAACCGUGGCUAUUGCACCCGGACGAAAUGGGCCCCUGGAUCUCCUGCAACCCUGCCAGCGGCAGUCUUGUCCUCGUCGACUGUGACCUCCUCCACCACUGGACCUGGAUCCACCGGGCGUUCUUCUCUCUCCAGCAAAAGCACUGGAUUAAAUAG